AUGUACACAUGGCUUGUCGGCCAGCGGCGUCAUCCCUUCUGGGAGAAACAGCCUGUGGCACAUACCCCUGUGGACCUGCUUGCGGUGAAGCCCGUUGAUAUUGGGAAACCCUUGGAUGUCCAGCAUGCAGCAUCCUGUGCACUGCCGAAUAAAGCUUUACAUGCUAGGACAAGUGAAUUGGCGAUAAAUGGCGAGCCACCUGUAAUCGAAGGGCCCAUUUCCGGGCUAUACUGGUGCCGUCUCCAUGUGGAAAAUUCGGCAGAGCUAGCAGAUAUGGUUGGGCUUCUUGGCGACCAUUACGUGGAAGAUUCUCCCAGUACGCUUCGAUUUGCGUAUUCGGCCGAUUUUUUGCGCUGGGCACUGGAGGACUACGUCUUUGAGAUGCCCACCACCGAUGCCUGCGGUGGGGGUGCAGAAAAAGACGACUCUUCUACGCCCAGCAUAUCGCGUCUGUGUUCCCAUCCUGCACUUAUUGUGGGCAUUCGCGAUAGCCAGAUGACGCUUAAGGGAUGCAUUGCGGCUACACUGAUGCCGAUGCACAUUGGAAAAUCCACUGCAAAGAUUGCGCUCGUAAAUUUUCUUUGCGUGCAUCGAGAAUUGCGUGGCCAUCAGCUGGCACCGCUUUUGAUAAAGGAACUAACUCGGCUUGUUCAUGCGGAAUAUGGUGUGUUCCAAGCGCUCUUUUCCACCGAAAGAAUCCUUCCGGCGCCCGUUGCAACGUGCAGAUAUUGGCAUUAUCCUCUGCGCGUAUCCAGGCUCGUAGAGACAGGGUUCAUUUCAAAGUGCUCCGAGGCCACGCUUGCAUACUUCAAUACCAAAUAUGCACCGGAGCGGAUUGUUGCCGGUAUAUCGCAGAGCGACUACUGCCUGCGUGCCUUCCGAGAACAUACAGAUGCCAAAGUGGCUGCUGAACUAUUGGAAGCACAUUUUGCCAAGCAUUUUGAGUUUAGACCCGCCUUUGGCACCUCGCUUAUACGGCGGCUGAUGACUCAAAGGCCAGGAGUUAUCUACUCGUAUCUGCUGUUUCGCGAAGAAGUCUCGGUAGCUUUCGGCGCCAUUUAUGCCCUACCCUCUAAGGUUCUCAACAACAACGAAACCAAAGUUUCGGAUGGCACUAUUCCCGGCUGCGAGGACGAAAUAGCACAAUGUGAAGAUAGCCGGCCAAAUGCGACGAUAGACACUGAAGCAGAGGUAGAAACUAUCCGCGUCGCAUAUCUCUAUUACACCGCUUGGCGCGACGAUGAGCAUGCGGAACAUUUGCUUAGGCAUUUACUUGCGGAAGCCUAUAAGCUGGGCUUCGAUGUUUGCAACUGCCUCAAUGCAGCUGGGGUUUCUGAAAGGCUGUUGGACGAGGGCUGCAAAUUUUGGUCCGGUGAUGGAUUUCUAAGGUAG